AAAGACUUUUGUUUCAAAUCACAGUUAAACUGUCUGUUUAAGAAUAUCUUUUACAACUUGUAGUUUAUGUGGUGCUCCUUGCAUGUUGAAUUCUUCAUUCGAACCAAUCCAUCUCCUCAACAUCACACUGAUUUCUUAACCCAUAAAUUUUCAGAAACAAAGGUAGUAGCACAAAGUGGAUCAACUACCCAUGACUUUAAAUUAAUGGUUUGUGUGCUUUAUCCAAAAUUAUGAGCUGAAGAUCUUCUGGAAUCAGUGUCAAAAAGGAAUCUUUGAAAAUGGAACAAAGCUGAAUUGUUUGUUCAUCAGCUAUAAGACUGUGUGAUAACCUUUUUACAAGAUGGAAGACUUCAAGAAGGCAACAGUUUUCAUCUUUCAAAAAUUCUACAAUCGAGUCAUCCCUCACCAUUACAAAGAUAAGCAAAAAGCCUCAACGAUUUUUCUCUAAGCGAUUUUUUUUGGAGUGGAGCCAUCUGACUUGGUAAAGAAAUCGGCAAGAGAGGAUUGUACAAUGGGGCAUUAUUAUUACCAUCUCUUGUUCCUAGGAUUUACUCUUCUACAAUCUUACAGUGUCUCAGGAUAUGGGCCCAACCAAAGGGCACAGAAAAAGGGAGACAUUAUAUUAGGAGGCCUUUUCCCAAUACACUUCGGAGUAGCUGUAAAGGAUCAAGACUUAAAAUCUAGACCAGAGGCAACUAAAUGUAUUAGGUACAACUUUAGAGGAUUCCGGUGGUUGCAGGCAAUGAUAUUUGCAAUUGAGGAGAUCAACAAUAGCAUGAAAUUUCUUCCAAAUAUCACUCUCGGAUACAGGAUAUUUGAUACAUGCAACACGGUGUCUAAAGGCCUGGAAGCAACUCUGAGUUUUGUAGCCCAGAAUAAAAUCGACUCACUGAACUUGGACGAGUUUUGUAACUGCUCUGAUCACAUCCCAUCAACGAUAGCAGUUGUGGGGGCAACGGGAUCUGGAAUUUCAGCUGCAGUCGCCAAUCUGCUGGGGUUAUUUCACAUUCCACAGGUCAGCUAUGCCUCCUCAAGCAGGCUCUUAAGCAACAAGAACGAAUACAAGGCUUUUCUUCGCAUAAUCCCCAAUGAUGGGCAGCAGGCUACCGCCAUGGCUGAAAUUAUUGAGCAUUUUCAGUGGAAUUGGGUGGGCACUUUGGCAGCUGACGACGAUUAUGGGCGUCCAGGGAUAGAUAAGUUUCGGGAAGAAGCUGAAGAACGGGACAUCUGCAUAGAUUUCAGUGAGAUGAUUUCUCAGUAUUAUACCCAGAAACAGGUGGAACAGCUUGCAGAUAUCAUUCAGAAUUCCUCAGCCAAAGUGAUUGUUGUCUUCUCAAAUGGCCCUGACUUGGAACCAUUGAUACAAGAGAUAGUUCGCCGAAACAUCACUGGUAGAAUAUGGCUGGCAAGUGAAGCAUGGGCAAGUUCCUCAUUGAUAGCCAAGCCAGAAUAUUUCCACGUUGUUGGUGGAACCAUUGGAAUUGCACUCCCAGCAGGCCGCAUCCCAGGAUUCAAUGAGUUUUUAAAAAGAGUCCAUCCCAGCAGAUCGUCAGACAAUGGAUUUGUCAAGGAAUUUUGGGAAGAAACAUUUAAUUGUUAUUUCACUGACGAAUCCCUAACACAGCUAAAAAAUUCAAAAACACCAACCCAUGGAUUAGCAAUGCAGGAUGGCAAUGCUAAAACGCAACAUUCCGCAAGAACAAGAUCAAGACCCCCAUGCACUGGAGAAGAGAAUAUCACGAGUGUGGAAACUCCUUAUCUGGAUUAUACUCACCUACGUAUUUCAUAUAAUGUAUAUGUGGCAGUAUAUUCAAUUGCUCAUGCUCUGCAGGACAUCUAUGACUGCAAACCAGGCAAGGGUAUUUUUGCAAAUGGAUCAUGUCCCGAUAUAAAGAAAGUUGAAGCAUGGCAGGUUCUCAACCAUCUGCUGCAUUUGAAGUUUACAAACAGCAUGGGCGAGCAGGUUGAUUUUGAUGAUCAAGGUGACCUUAAAGGAAAUUAUACCAUUAUCAAUUGGCAGUUGUCCCCUGAAGAUGAAUCUGUAGUGUUUCAAGAAGUUGGCAACUACAAUGCAGAUGCUAAACCAAGUGACAGACUCAACAUAAAUGACAAGAAAAUCUUGUGGAGUGGCUUCUCAAAAGUGGUGCCUUUUUCAAACUGCAGUCGUGAUUGUGUGCCUGGAACCAGGAAGGGAAUAAUUGAAGGGGAGCCUACCUGCUGUUUUGAGUGUGUAGCAUGCGCAGAAGGAGAGUUUAGUGAUGAAAGUGACGCAAGUGCGUGUACAAAAUGUCCCAAUGAUUUCUGGUCAAAUGAGAAUCAUACGUCAUGCAUAGCCAAGGAGAUUGAAUACCUGUCAUGGAUUGAACCUUUUGGAAUUGCCCUGACAAUAUUUGCCAUUCUGGGAAUACUGAUGACUUCCUUUGUUUUGGGAGUAUUCAUUAAGUUCAGAAAUACACCUAUUGUGAAAGCCACUAACAGAGAACUCUCCUAUCUCCUCCUCUUUUCCUUAAUCUGCUGUUUCUCCAGCUCAUUGAUCUUUAUUGGAGAACCUAAGGAUUGGACCUGUAGAUUGCGUCAACCUGCAUUUGGAAUUAGUUUCGUGUUGUGCAUUUCUUGCAUUCUGGUGAAAACGAAUCGCGUAUUAUUAGUCUUUGAGGCCAAGAUCCCAACCAGCCUCCAUCGAAAGUGGGUGGGCCUCAAUUUGCAAUUCUUACUUGUUUUCCUCUGUAUUCUAGUGCAAAUAGUUACUUGUGUUAUCUGGCUUUACACAGCACCCCCUUCAAGCUACAGAAAUCAUGAACUAGAAGAUGAAAUCAUUUUUAUUAUGUGUGAUGAAGGCUCCUUAAUGGCACUUGGUUUUCUCAUUGGUUACACAUGCCUCCUUGCUGCCAUUUGCUUCUUUUUUGCCUUUAAGUCUCGCAAACUCCCAGAGAACUUCAAUGAGGCCAAAUUUAUUACCUUCAGUAUGCUGAUAUUUUUCAUAGUCUGGAUCUCAUUCAUUCCUGCUUACGUCAGCACUUAUGGGAAAUUUGUUUCAGCUGUAGAAGUCAUUGCUAUUCUUGCAUCAAGUUUUGGGUUACUUGGAUGCAUUUAUUUUAACAAAUGCUACAUAAUUUUGUUUAAACCGUCAAGAAAUACAAUUGAAGAAGUGAGAUGCAGUACGGCUGCCCAUGCUUUUAAAGUGGCAGCAAAGGCAACUUUGCGGCGUAGCACCCUGUCUCGUAAAAGGUCUAAUAGUAUUGGUGGUUCAACUGUCUCCUCUCCAACAUCUUCAAUCUGUAGCCAAAGCGCCCAUGAUGAGAGAAUCACCAUGGAAAUGCAGAGAUGCAGCAAGCAGAAGGUCAGUUUUGGCAGUGGAACUGUCACUUUAUCCCUGAGCUUUGAGGAAACUGGAAGGUACGCAACUGUUAGCAGGAACAUGAGGAGGAGAAACUCAAUGGAAGCCAAAUACAGCGAUGAUUUUUUGACAAAGCAUAAUGUUUUGAUCCCUCUUCAGAACUAUGAGACAGGAAAUGAUACAUGGUGCAAGACAAUGGGAACCAAUGGAUCAGGAACUCUUGAGUCAUUGGAUGGUAGCAAAGAACAUGCCAACAUACUGAAGAAAUAUCUUCCAACACUUCAAUAAAUUCAAGAAACCUUGUGGAUGGCACCAUUGUAGAUAAUGCUAUAAAUUCUUAACAAUGCAGUAUUUUCAGAUCGUUCCAAUGUUUGUGUGAAUUGUGAUGCAAAAUGUAAAUUAUGCUUUUCUGGUUUGCACCAAAAAUGAAAAUUCAAAAAUUUUCCUAGAAAACUGACCAAGCAGCAAUUCAGAACAUUCAGGUAUUGCUGAAACUGAGAGGUAUAUUAGGACAGCAGUUUUGUCAUGGCAGGCCAGUUCCUGGAUUUUCCAUAAUAAUGAUAUACACAUUUCAAAGCUUGCAUUUGGAUUUUUUCAGUAACGCUUCAGAAGAAGUUGCAGAGAGAGGAACAGAAAGACAACAAUCAUUUAAAAUGGAAUGGCCUAUGGAUCCACAAUUUAACAACUUUAUUCUUUCAAAGCUUGCCAUAUAACAGAGAUUAUAAAGAGCCCUGUAUACUUGAAAGGUCAUUAAAGUUGUGAUUGUGUAAACAUCUGUAUAUUUGCAAGAUGAUAUAUUGGGUCAAUACAUUUAAAG